AUGAAGCUCUCGUCAUCUUUCGCCGCGCUGUCCGCCGCCGUGGUGGUGGCGCUGUGCAUUGGUCAGGCGCACGCCGAAACCGUCAAUGCGCCGCUCGGCCUGUCGCAGGUCAACGACGAGGGCGUGCCCAUCACGCCGCUCACCUAUCUCAACCUCGAGCCGUCGAGCAAGGAGCUCUCGGACGCCGCCAAGAAGGUGACCACGCCUCCGCCUCUUCCCAAGCACCCAAAGCGUCUGCUCAACCCGGCGGACGAGCUCAAGCCGUACGUCGGCCAACUCAGCAGCCCGGGCCUCUCGGUGCGCGCCGAGCUCGGACACAGCCUCAUCCCCUCGCUGCCCAUCCUGGGCAACCUCGACAACGAGGGCGACCACCGCACCGACGUGGCCGAGCCCAAGAAGCGUCUCGUGGGUCCGCUCGAGGUGCUCAAGCCCGGUGAGGGCACGCAGUACCUGCCCGAAAACCACCAGACGCUGGGCCAGCGCACCGUGCACCCGCUCAACCGCCGUGCCGACUCGCCCGUCGACCUGAGCUUCUUCGGCAAGAACCUCGACGAGCUGGCGCCCAAGCUGCCUGCGGGUAAGCGCGCCUCGGACACCGGCCUCAACCUGCUCGGCGCCGACGUGCCGCUCGACAAGCUGCCCCUCCCCGGCCUCAAGCGCCAGGCAGACACGGGCAACGCGCAGGAUGCUGAGCGCGCCAACGACUUCCUCGGCAGCCUGCUGGGAGGCAAGCGCGACACGAUCACGCCCGACAACCUGAACCUGGACAGCGUCAAGCCGAUCGUCAACCAGGGUGCGGCCACUGUGAUGCCAAUCGUGCUGAACCAGGUCAAGAGCAAGGCGAGUCCGGCGGUGCAAGGUAUCAAGGCGGCCAAUGGGCUGUGCAGUGCGUUUGGAUGCCAGAACGCUGUCCAGGGUGCGUUGGGUGGGGUGACCAAGGAGCUGCCACUGCCUCAGGCACGCGCGCUCGGAGACAAGGACAUGUUCGAACACGGCCUGCUCGGUGGAAACGGCGAGAUCAACGGCAUCCCUGUCCGCCGUGCCGAUCCGCUCACCGACACCGUCCUCGGCGCGAGUGACGAGGCUCGUGAUGCGAUUCUCGGCGUCAAGGACCAGGCCGACAACGCUGCCGGUGCGUUUGUCAAGAACAUGUACUCCAAACACGGAGAGGUCCAGACCAAGCGCGACCUCACCCUGCCCGGAUACGCCCUGCUUCCCGGAACCGGCCCCAUGGCCAAGCAAGGUGCACAGGAACUCAUCGACUUCCUCGACCUCCCCGUGCCCGGCCUCAAGAGGAUGGACAAGCUCAGGCGCAAGGAGUAG